AUGGCCGAGCUGCUGAUCGAUCCUAACAUUCGCGGUUGGGUGUUUUUGCCCAUCGUUGUAAUCACCUUCCUGGUCGGUAUCAUCCGGCAUUACUUUUCCAUUCUGAUAUCGUCUCAGAAAAAGGCGGAACUUACCCAAAUACAGGACAGUCAGGCAAUGAUCCGGGCACGAUUACUGCGAGAGAAUGGCAAAUAUCUAACCCAGCAAUCGUUUGCCAUGCGUCGACAUUACUUCAACAAUGAAGAUACGGGUUACUUCAAGACACAGAAACGGGCACCACCGAGCCCGAACUCGACCGCGAUGCUAUCGGAUCUGGUGAAGGGAAACUUCAUCAACGUGUUGCCCAUGAUAGUGAUCGGUGGAUGGAUUAACUGGAUGUUUUCCGGAUUCGUCACCACUAAGGUUCCAUUCCCUCUGACGCUGCGGUUCAAACCGAUGCUGCAACGAGGCAUCGAGCUCGCCUCUCUCGAUGCUGCCUGGGUAUCGUCCGCCUCGUGGUACUUUCUGAAUGUGUUCGGAUUGCGAAGCAUCUACACACUAGUGCUUGGUGAAAACAAUGCUGCUGAUCAAACGCAAUCGAUGCAGGAUCAGAUGUCCGGCGCAGCCGUGGCAAUGCCACAAGACCCAAAGGCUGCUUUCAAAGCGGAAUGGGAAGCGCUACAGAUCACUGAAUAUCAGAAUGUGCUAGCCAAUAUAGAAAAUGAGCUGCUAUCCAGUGUCUCUGGCGAGCAAUCGAACCAAAAUACACCACUCGAGGAUGGAGCGGCACUUCGGAAUUGA